GAGGAUAAUACCGAAGUCAUGAAACGAACUUCAUUGCCGAUGUCCAGAAAGGCGGUGACCUGCAAGCUGCCUGCAUUCCCUGGAAGAAAGGAACAUUCCAAGGCCGCCGAAAGCGAGGAGCUAUAUUUGAGCGCGCCAUCUACACCAUCACUGUCGGCAGCAACACUCGAAGCUGCAUGGUCUGCAACGCUCUGCUUGUACACCAACUUGCCGCAGAUCUGCUUCCAGAUCAAAGCUGCCGAAGCGAAGAUAGCGAGCAGAUCGUGCGACAUACUGGAAUCGACCGAGUUGCGAUCUAUUUCGAUCAACCUUCGCAGCCAUGACAAUGGGUCAGAUUCGGUUCAUAGCAACACAGCCAUUAUAUACGUCAAUGGCGAAGAUCUUAUUUCCGCCGACGGAGAUCCAAUUGAAGAAUCUGGGGAUUCAAACAAACUUCUAUGGCAAGGUGUUGAUCUUGCCUUGGUUGUCGAGCCAUCGGCAUACACACUGAUUUUCCGUCACAACUUUAUGUCCAACCUCGAGGCCAGGAAUUUUGGCGCAACGCUUUCUUCGACGCUCGAUGCUUUCCUGGAGACGAAGAGCCCCAAGCUUUUCAAAGAUCUUAAGAUUAGCCAGCAGGACUUGCAAAACAUCCUAGAGUGGAACAAGAUAGAUUUCAUCCCCAAGAAAUCUUUGGUUCAUGCCGAAUUCUCCAAAGUGGCCGACUCACAGCCUGAUGCCGAGGCUAUCGAUUCUUGGGACGGCCAAAUGACUUAUAGAGAACUUGAUCAUGUUUCCGCAGACAUAUCAAGGGAGCUGCGACGCCGCGGAGUCGGUGUCGGAUCCUGGGUCCUGGUUUGUUUCCACAAAUCACGCUGGUCGAUCGCCUCUAUGCUGGCUGUGCUCAAGACGGGUGCAGCUUUCGUGCCUGUCGAUCCCAGAUUUCCAGAAUCGCGCAUACGACAGAUUAUUGAUGUCACAAAGGCGAGCCAUGCGGUGGUCGCCGAAGGUGGUCUUGCUGCGCUGCUAAAGGGAUCAUCCUCAGAACUUCAAGUCGUUCAAGUCACUCGGCUCAGUGUCCAGGGGCCAUCGACUGACGAGCACGUCGAGAAUCUUUUACCACAACCCCAGGAUCCUGCAAUAUGCUUGUUCACAUCUGGAAGCACUGGAAUUCCCAAAGGCAUUGUUGCUUCGCAUGCUGCAGUCUGCACUGGGGCUUGGGAGUUUGGGAGAAUCGGUAACGCGAACCCCGCAGAGCGGAUGCUUCAGUUCGCAUCAUAUACCUUCGACAUGUCCUAUGCAGAUAUAGUCACUGCCCUGCUGCAUGGUUCGACGCUAUGUAUUCCAUCUGAGGAUGAUCGUAUGGGAAAUUUGCAGGAGUUUAUCCAACGCUCACGCCCAACGUGGGCAAACUUGACACCAACAGUGGCUCGACUUCUCGAUCCUGCUGUCUGCUCCGGAACAAUCAGAAAGCUGCUUCUGGCCGGCGAGCUAGUCAAGGAGUCAGACAUCGCUGGCUGGAUAGAUGGCGGCGCAGAGGUUUAUAAUGUUUACGGUCCAGCCGAGAAUGUUCUCAUUCUUAAUUUUGGGCGUAUCUUCAAAGGAGCCGCUUAUAAUACAACCCGACCAAGGAACACUCGUGUUUGGAUUGCUGACAUGGACAAGCGUCGCCUGAUGCCAGUUGGUGCCAUUGGCGAACUCAUAUCUGAAGGUUCGCAGGUCGCAGACGGGUAUCUAAACGACCCAACUCGGACAGCUGCCAGCUUUCUGGUCGACGUGGACCUCUUCCCCAAUCCAACGCCUGAGCAAUCGUCUCCACGGCGGUUCUACCGGACUGGCGACUUAGCACGACAAUUCGCCGAUGGCUCGUUCGAGGUAAUCGGUAGAGCAGACUCGCAGGUCAAGGUUGGUGGGCAGCGCAUAGAACUGAGUGAUAUCGAGGCACAUAUCAAGUCAUGCAGGGCGGCUGUAGUUCUUCCCAAAAAGGGCCCGCUAGCUAACCGGCUGACGGCAAUCCUCCAUACCCAAAGAACGCCAGACGCAGAUAAUUCUUACUUCACACCGCUCGAUCCAGCACUAGUCGAGGAAACUCGUAAGAAGCUAGGCGAAAGCCUUCCUCCGUAUAUGGUUCCAUCCCACUGGCUAGGAAUCGACAAAUUCCCGUACUCCACCUCGUCAAAGCUCGAUAGAAAACUUCUGUUGAAUGAGGUUGAGAUCCUGUCGCAGGAACAGCUAAUGCAUCUCACACAGAUAGAAGAGAAUUUGGAAGCUCAGCAGACGAUCUCCCUUAAUGAAGGGCAAAAGCUUCUUCAAGAAAUCUGCAGUCAGGUGCUCAACCUGCCAAUGGACAGAGUCAUCAUGACCCAUUCAUUUACCAGACUUGGAGGCGAUUCGAUCACGGCUAUGCAGGUUUCUUCCGCAACGAGAAGGGCUGGUGUUGGAUUUCUCUCUGUCAAGCAUAUAUUAACAUCAACAUCGCUUUUGGACGUAGCCGGCCAAAUAAGCGAGCAAACAUCUUCGCAGUUAGAGAUUCCUGUGAUCGAGGCGCAACAGCACUUUUACCUUUCCCCUAUGCAGCAGUUCUUCAUAGAGACAGCGCAUUCGUCUUCAGCCUGGCAUCACUACAACCAGAAUGUUCUUCUACGGUUAACGGUGGCUGUGCAGCCACAACUUGUCGAAAAAGCGUUAGCAGAUAUCAUCCAGCGGCACCCAAUGCUGCGUGCGCGGUUCCGAGCCUCCUCAGAUGGGGAAUGGAUGCAAUACAUUACUGCUGCGACAGACUCUGAAUUCCACUUGGAAAUUAUCUCGGAUGACUUAUCACGAGAUGACCAAAAGAGAAGAAUGCUUCAAGCGCGACAGGCCCUCAAUCUCUUCGAUGGCCCGAUUGUGCGUGCGCAACUGUUCAAAACAUCUGCUGAAAAAGACUCGUUGCUGUUCAUCGUUGCUCACCAUAUCGUAAUCGACUUGGUCUCCUGGAGGGUUAUCGUGGAGGAAUUAGAAGCAUUAGUUAAUGCUCUGAUCGAGGCAGACAGCCAGGCUAUUGCACCGAUCUUACAGGAUCGGUCGCAAUCAAUUCCAUUCUCUGCCUGGGCUGAGCUACAAAGGCGCCACAGCCAACGACUCAUUCCCGCACAAACAAUCCCAUAUGGUUUAUCAGUGCCUGAUACAGACUUUUCUUUUUGGGGGAUCUCGCCAUCUCAAAAUGUGUACAGCGACGUGCAAGAAAUCCGUAUAGCUCUCGAUCCAACGCUCGCGUCCCAGUUCCUUUACGAUUGCCAUCGAGCACUUCGCACAGAGCCUGUUGAUCUCCUCUUAGCGAGUAUCUUUAUAUCGUUUCGCAAAGUAUUUCCAGAAUGCGCUUUACCUCCAAUCUUUAACGAAUCUCACGGAAGGGAGCCAUGGAACGAUCAGAUUGACAUUUCGCAGACCGUGGGAUGGUUCACUGUUGUCUCGCCUAUUCUCCUGGAGAACGUCAAUACCGACGAUGUCGUGGACGUGGUUCGGCGCGUGAAAGACUGGCGAAGAGCAAUGCCUGCUAAAGGAUACCAGUACUUCUCAUCCAAGUAUCUGACUGAGGAGGGGCGAUCUGCUUAUAAGAACCAUCUGCCAGCCGAAAUUCUCUUCAAUUACGAGGGCCGCUACCAAUCCUUGGAAAAGGAAGAUGCAAUUCUCAAGCCUGAAUCGUGGACAGCAGGCGAGGAGUUGGCUGACAUGGGCCCUAAUCUCCAAAGGUUCUGCUUGUUCGAAUUAUCAGCUGCUGUGCUUUCUGAUGGAAAGCUGCAUCUCACAAGUGCAUGGAACUCAAAAACACGGCAUCAAAGUCGAAUAUCUUCUUGGCUGGAAUCUGUUCUGCCUUCGGUUCUACAGCAUAUCGUGGGAUCACUGCUGAAUGAAAGGGAGCAAUUGACUCUUGAUGACGUCGGAAAACGCAGCACCAUGGAUUAUUUGGAGAUUGAUUCUCUUGAGCAAACGAUACUGGCCAUCCCAGAAGUCGAAAAUCUCUGUGAUGUCGAGGCAAUCUUAGAUGGCUCUCCGAUGCAAGAUUCCUUGGCAUUGAGCCAAUUAAAAACUACCAAUCUAGACGCUUAUGAGAUUGACUUCACGUGGGAGGUCACGACAGAUCAAACCGAAGGAGCAAGCCGAUCUAUCGACUCAGAUCAGCUCUUAGCAGCUUGGCGUGAAACAGUGGCAGCCCACUCCCCACUCCGGACGGUUUUCUUGGAAUCUGCAAGUGCCACUGGAUCAGAUAUGAUUUACCAAAUCGUUCUCAAGAAACAUGUUCCAUGUUCUGUCCUUCUCAAAGCAGAGAAUUCCGAAGAUGCACUACAGCAGCUGAACGGCUAUACGUUAUACAGAGAUCAAGGCCUGUUCCCUGACAGGAAGCCCCCGCAUAGGCUUCUCAUUUGCUCAACGUCUGAUAAGAGAACGUUUGUCAGGUUUCAGGUGAAUCAUAUCCUCUUUGAUGGAAUGUCACAGAAGCCAUUGCUACAAAGUCUUUCAAGAGCGUAUAGCAAAGUUGUACUAGCUUCAGAUAGCACACGAAACACCUUCGGUGACUUCAUCCACUACAUUCGCGACCCGGAACGCCGGAACCGCAGUCUGUUGUACUGGAAGGACCACCUCAAUGGUGUCAAGCCAUGCUUUUUUCCCCAUUUGUUGGACACCAGGAUGGACCAGGAAUCACCCAAGUCUCAGAAGCCACAGAGAUGCCAUGCUCCGGUACCUCUAGAGGUGAAAUUGUCGGAACUUCAACGUGUUGCAGGAAGUUUACAGAUAACCAUACCAACUCUAGUCCAUUUGGCAUGGGCGCUCGUGCUGCGGCUGUAUACCGGCGAGAAUCAUGCUGUUUUCGGAUAUCUUGCUUCAGGGCGUGAUGCACCACUCGACGGAAUCGAAGAUGCAAUUGGCCCAUUUAUUGCUAUGUUAGUCUGUUUCGUGGACUUUGGUCAUGCCUUGAAAUCAUCUUUGGUGGAAUUGAUGAAAAGAAUGCAGGAGUCCUCAGCCGAUGCCAUCGCCCAUCAAGGAACCUCUCUCGCCGAGAUCCAAAGCGCCAUAGAAUUGCCGGGAAACUCAUUGCUGUUCAAUAGCGGUAUCUCAUUUCUUCCUAACCUUUCGCGACAAUCUCAGAUCGAUCGCGGCCAGGACCUGAUCUUUGAGACUAUCACGGAGAAGGAUCCUACCGAGUUUGACUUGUCUCUAUUCGUCGAAGUCAAUGAUUUUGACGGGGAAAUCAAGAUGCACUUUGACUUCUUGGGUUCGGCCUUCGGGAGCGAGCAUAUCAAGAAUGUGGCCGGUUCACUCAGUCAUAUGCUUUCAGAAUUGGUCCGCGAUCCUUAUCAAAGUCUUCGGGAUAUUUUGAAGCCGGGCAAACGCGACAUGGUUUCGCUCCUUCAGUGGAACAACCCCUUGAUUACUCCCCUGGAAAAAUGCGCACACGAGAUCUUCGCCGAACGGGUGCGAGCGUAUCCAGACAGGGAGGCGAUUUACAGCUGGGAUGGAAUCAUGACGUACAAACAACUCGAUGAUGUAUCUACCUGCCUUGGCCGACACCUGUUGCAGUAUGGCAUUGGCCCGGAAAUAUUAGUUCCUGUGUGCUUCGAGAAAUCGCUUUGGACAGUCGUUGCUAUACUGGGUAUCCUCAAAGCUGGGGGAGCAUUUGUGCUACUAGAUCCAGCACACCCAGAAGCACGUUUAUGGAACCUUAUUAACGAACUAGAAGCCUCUGUCGUAGUAUGCUCGCCCUUGACAGCAGAGUCGCGAAGCUUCAAGCUCCGUGCAGCCACCGAAAGCAGGACAAUCUCCAUAAUUGAGAUUGGCCAAGGACUUGUUGAUCAACUGCUUUCUUCCGGACAACGCGAACUGGGAAACGCACCGAUCUACGAGUCAGUAAAUCCAGAGAACCUUAUGUACGCGGUGUUUACUUCUGGUACCACGGGAACACCAAAGGGUACCCUAAUAACCCACCGCGCGUUGGCCACAGGGUUGAGAGAACACGCGGUUGCCACAGGUAUGACGCUUUUGGGACCUGAUACACGGUCUUUACAAUUUGCAUCAUACAGUUUCGAUGCGUCAAUAGGUGACAUCUUCACGACCAUUGAAGUGGGUGGCUGCCUUUGCAUUCCGAGAGAAGAAGACCGUAGCCCUGUCGAGGUCACAACCUUCGUGGCACGUAGUAGGGCUACUUGGGCAGGUAUCACUCCGUCUUUUGCUGCCCUACUUGACCCGCUAUCGGUAUCGACCCUGAAAGCCCUCUGCCUGGCAGGCGAGCCCCUUUCCGUAUCGCAAGUGAACGCAUGGGCUAGCCGUCUUCAGUUGAUCAACAUGUACGGUCCUACUGAAUGCACCGUAGCAUGCGUAUCGCACUCAGCCGUGACUCGGGAGACUGGCGCGUCGAACAUUGGGCGUGGAUAUCGCUGUGCUACGUGGAUUGUUGAUGAGAAUGAUCACAGUAUUCUUCGACCAAUAGGCGCCGUAGGCGAGCUACUCAUAGAAGGACCUAUACUGGCCAGAGGCUACCUCAAAAGGCCCGAAACCACGGCGGCAGUGUUCAUUGACAGUCCUGAAUGGCUUAAGGGCGUUCGGCCGAACAGCAAACUGUACAAAACAGGCGAUCUAGUCCGCUACAAUUCUGAUGGAACAUUGAAUUUCAUUGGAAGGAAAGAUACACAAAUCAAGAUCAACGGCCAGCGUGUUGAGGUUGGCGAGAUUGAAACUGUACUGAGCACCAGCCUUGAGCGAGACGACGGUCCCAUCGUCGUCGAUUUGCUCAAGCGGGCUAGCCUCGGAGAGAGCGACAUACUAGUCUGUUUUGUCUGCGUAAGACCUGACUCGGAGGUAUCGAAAGAGGCUUCUGCGAGUGACGAACUCAUUCCUAUUGAUGCAGAUUCGAUCGAGAAAUUACGUUCUGUGGUGGCCAAGAUACUGCGUCAACCAUCUACAGUAUCAUCGCUUCCACGGUAUAUGCUUCCUCAAGCAUACAUUCCGAUCAACAAGAUCCCACUCUCAACUUCUGGAAAAACUGACAGACGUGCCCUUCAAGUAGCAACAUCAGCACUGGCCCGUGCCCAGCUGGUUGGGUACACAGCAGCACUUACCAUAUCGACCGAUGGCGACGAUCUUGAUACAGACGAAGAGGUGCUUCUUGGCAAACUAUGGGAGAAGGUUUUGAACGUCCAAGUGAUCAGCAAGAGAAGUAACUUCUAUAAUCUUGGAGGAGAUUCAGUGAUUGCCAUGCGACUUAGGGCGGAAUGCCGACGCGUUGGAAUUGAUCUUUCUAUUGCAGAAAUCUUCGCCAAUCCGGAUCUAAUCGAUAUGGCAAAUCUUUUGGCCAGUACUCCAACUACAAUCUCUUCAACUGCGUCAUCGAAUCUAGUCUCAUCAAGUGCAUCUACGAUAUGCGAAGACUCUUGCAGUGAGCCAUUCUCGCUGGUGCGUCAGCUCGAUAUCAAAUUUGAUGACGAGUCACUCCAAGCGAUUUCGGCAGAAUGCUCGCUAUCUGUCGAAGAUAUCGAAGACAUCUAUCCUUGCAGUCCUAUGCAGGAAGCGUUAAUGGCCAUCUCCUCCUCAAAAUCAAAACAACAAGCUUAUUGUCUCCAUGCUGCGUUCACCUUACCUCCUGAAAUGGACAUCCCUCGUUUCCUCCUGGCCUGGGAGCAGACCAGUGCUCGCUUCGCAAUGAUGAGAAGUCGGAUCAUCUUGAGACCUUAUGGUAGCUUCAUCGUCGUCUCUCGAUCUGCUCUCGCAGCUUAUUCUGUCACUGGAAAAUCAUGCGCGGACCAAAUGGCAUCACAACGGACUCAAGCAUUUUCCUACGGAUCUCCACUGCUCCGCCUGGGUAUAGUUUCAGGAGAACAGGGUAAUCCAAGUUCCUUCAUCAUUAGUGUUCACCACGCAGCCUAUGAUGGCUGGUCAAUGAGAUUGAUCUGGGACACUGUGAUUAGAUUCUUUCGCGGAGCUCCGGGUGCAACUCAUCCCAGCCCAUCAUUCCAAUCUUUCAUCAGAGAGCUCAAUGUAAAGAGCACUAGGCCUUCUGAGGAUUACUGGAGGAAUCAGCUGAUUCGCCAGGACGAGAACGGUUUUAAGUGGCCACCGGUGGCGAGUUCUCAUAAGCCGUCUGCAAGUUCGAGCAAAGUAUUUCAGUUCUACUACAGUGCACAGACCAGUCGAAAUCUCUCGGUAACUGCAGCUGAUCUUGUCAACGCCGUGUGGGCUAUGACUUUGGCUGGGUAUUCCGAUAGUGCUUUGGUCUCGUAUGGCGUAACAUUAUCCGGCCGAGACAUCGCACUUCCCGAUAUCGAGGAAAUUGUUGGACCGACGAUCGCUACAGUUCCCAGACAAAUAGAAGUCCGACAUGACAUGAGCUUAGCGGACUACCUGCAGUCAUUACAACAAGUCAUUAAUUCAGCAAUACCUCAUCAGCACCUUGGUCUCCAGAAUAUCCAAAGCCUGAGUCCAGCUGCGCGGGAGGCUUGCAACUUCAAUACACUACUAGUUGUUACUCCGGGUUCUGUUACGGAAAAUUCUCAUCUCAACGAGCUCGGCAUUGUUCCCUUGCCUAUCGAUUCAGCCGAUUUCCAUCCAUAUCCUCUUGUCCUCGAGUGUAGCAUUGACGACGGUUCGCUGAGCAUCGAAGCCGCCUUUGAUCCUCACUGCAUUGAUGAAUUGACUCUUAUCCUCGCGAUGCAGCAAUUUGAUCACAUUUUACGGAAUGUCAGCCAAUGCACCUCGAAUUCGUCACCCAGUGACAUUGGUAGCCUCAUGGACCCAGCUCCCAAUCAUAUCAACGCCAUUCUCAACUUCAACUCGGGCAAGCCGAAUGAUUUUGUGCCUAUAUUUGUGCAUCAAAUAGUGGAACAGACUGCUUAUGAGCAGCCAUCUGACAUGGCCGUAAUUUCUCAUGAUGCAAUUUUGACAUAUCAGCAACUGGACAAAUUUGCCAACAUCCUGGCGCAAGACAUACACGAGCGCAAACCUUACAACAAUGAAUCUUGUUUCGUUGGUCUAUGUAUCGACAAGUCAGCGGCCGCACUGGUGUCGAUGCUUGCAAUACUCAAAGCCGGCUGUGCGUUUGUACCUCUUGAUCCUACCCAGCCAGCAUCGCGCCUUGAAGCUCUCGUCGACACAGCUAAGGUGGAAAUCAUUUUAACCUCUCCAAGUCAUACAAAGUAUUUGUCGGAUUUAUUCGCAGACCGUUGUGUAUUACCAGUCGAGCCAAAAGGGGUGGAAAUUGAUCAUGCAGCUUGGUCGAGUGCCAUAGCCUUCCAGAAGGAUUACUUCAAGUUGAAUCGAACGACGCGCAUGCUACAAUUCAGUAAUUUCACCUUCGACGUCAGUCUUUUCGAGAUUUUCACCACACUUGCUGCCGGAGGUUGUGUAUGUGUCCCGUCCGAGCAGGCACGCAUGGAUGAUUUGACCGCGUCUAUCCUCGAGAUGAAAGUCAAUGUGCUAUCUUUGACACCGACGGUUGCGCGACUUUUGGAUGGUGGCAAACUUCCAAUCGUGAAACUCGUGGUUUUCGCUGGAGAGACUUUAUCACAGUCAGACAUUGAUGCUUGGGCGCAGCCCGGACGGCGCAUCGUCAAUGCGUAUGGUCCCACGGAGGCAUGCAUCUAUGCGACCGCCAGAGAUAUCGUGCAGGGCGUCCGUCAGAAAAGCAGUCGCAACAUCGGAAAAGGACUCGGCGUGGACGUAUGGGUGAUGAGGCCCGAAUCAAACACCCUCGUGCCAAUUGGUGCGGUGGGCGAGCUUUGUGUUAGUGGUCAACAGUUGGCGCGUGGCUAUCAUAGCAUGGAAGAGGCUACGUUACGCUCUUUCAGCACAGAGUCUUUUAGUACUGCGCUUGGAUCAACGCGUACAGCGCGGAUUUACCGUACUGGAGAUCUGGUCCGAUAUGAAUCGGAUGGGAGUCUUGAAUUCCUCGGCCGACGAGAUGGCCAAAUCAAAAUUCGUGGUCAGCGCAUCGAUGUUGGCGAGGUGCAGCACCACAUUCAGAAGUCGAUGGCCACUGACAAGCUCUUCCGUCAUUGCACUGUCCAGCUCUGCAAUCCUUCAUCUGAUGAUCUUCAGCUACGUUCAGCCAAGACAGACCCCAUAUUGGUAGCAUUCCUUGUCAUGGAGGUGGACUUUGUGGACGCGCUAUCUGGUGUGCGAUUCUCUCAUUUGCGCACUGGGAGUGCCGACUAUCCCAACAUAAUAGCCACCAAACUGCAACACAGUCUUCGAGCGGUGCUCCCCGCGUUCAUGGUACCCUCGAUAUUCAUUGCGCUAGAUAGGCUACCGAAUACUGCAUCAGGCAAGCUGGAUCGUGGUUUCAUAGCAACAUGUCUCGGCUCCCUGAAUUUCGAGAGUCCAAACAGCAAUGACAGGGAAAUUCUUCACCCGCUGAAUGCAAGGGAAGACAUGCUACGGGACUGGUGGGAACGCCUAUUGGGAGUCGACAAGAAUCUCGUGACUGUAAACAGCGACUUCUUUUCUUUGGGAGGCAACUCACUCUCUGCGAUCAAACUGGUAAGCUUGGCUCGGUCUCUUGGCUAUGAAACAACCUUUUCCGCCAUAUUUUCAAACCCUCUACUUUCGGAUAUGGCGACCCACAUCGAGCCAACGCCGGAAGACGCUGCCGCCGCCGAGCUUCCCCUCAGUGUGCUGACAUCAGCGCAAUUCGAUUUGAUCUCCGAAACCGAAGCAGAAAGCGUGAUCAACUACACGCUCCCGACUUACGGCAUUGACUAUGAAGAUGUUGAAGACAUAUAUCCAGCUACGCCCAUGCAAGAGAGUUCUAUGGCCUUGACCGCGAGAACCCCUUAUGCAUGGCUCAUGAUUGCUCACAUGGACAUACCCGCAUCCGAUCUGGCGAUGCUCAAGAGGUCGUGGGAAUCUGCAUUCCAGGGUUUCGAGCUAUUGCGAACCCGGAUGAUCCCAGGCCAGGACAGUGGUGCUUUGCAGGUCGUCAUGAAGAGUGGUGCUCUGACGUGGGAAGAAGUGCCAGAUAUUGAGACAUUCGCUAACAUCGUGUACGAUACCCACGAUUACGGCCAGCCGCUAGCUCGUGUUGGACUCGUGAAGGCAGCCUCCUCGCUGCAAGGCGCCAAGGAUACGAGCGGAACAGUUACCGUUCUUUUCAGUGCUUCCCAUGGACUCUACGAUGGAUGGUCCUUGCGUCCGAUCUGGUCCAGGUUGUUUUUCAGUCCAUCAACCGAGUAUCAUGAUGAUAGCAGCGACAGAGCCACACCAUUCAAAGAGUUUAUACGAUAUCAGACAGCAUUGGAUCCAGCGGAUGCCAUCACCUUUUGGCAGAGGAAGCUCCAAGGCGCACCCGGAGCAGAGUUCCCGGGGAAACCGGCAGAUAUCGCUGCAAGCUAUAUGCCUAUGGCCUCGUGGUCGAUCAAGCAAAAGCUAUCUCUUCCAGCUCCAGAUGUGAUUCGCCAGUCUGGCGCGACAGUAGCUACCAUUGCGCAAGCAGCGUGGGCACUCACCGUGGGCCAUUUCACGGGAAGCAACGAUGUCAUCUUCAGAACCAUCCUGUCUGGCCGCGCCACCGCUGCUGCCAGUGUUCCAGGUAUAGAGGAGAUGACGGGACCCACAGCUGCCUUUAUCCCCUGCCGCACGCGUAUCGAUUAUAGUCUCAGCAUCUCAUCUUUCCUGGCCCAGUGUCAGAAUGACAACCUUGAAGCUAUACCGCACGCUCACAUCGGAUGGGAAAGAAUAUCGCGGAUCAAUGAAGAUUGUAACAAGGCAUGCAAACUGCAUAACUUGUUCAACUUCCAAGCCGUUGCUUUUGAUAACCUCGACGCUCAAGCGGCUGGUCUGUAUUCCCCAAAAGUGUACGAGAACCCCAAAGGCUUGUCUCCCAAUGCCCUCGAUGUUGAUCUGGUGACGUUGAUUGGUGGAAAAGAGAUCCUGGUUACGUUCAGUUACGACCCCAUCAUCCUGCACAGUUCGCAGGUCGAGAGCAUCAUGGCGACUUUCAUCACGCUUGUUGAGCAGAUGUUCCACAAGCCAUCAUCCACACCAGUGGGAGACCUGAGUGCACUUUCACAAUCUCAUAUGGAGACCCUGCAGCCUCAACAGGUCGGGUUCAACGGUGGAUCUGACGCGAACGUUGCAUCGAGCGGAUCGUACAUACAGCAUCUCGUACGACAACACGUCGAUCGCAACCCAUUUCAUCAUGCCGUUGAGUCCUUGCAUGACUGCAUGACAUAUAUGCAGCUCGAAGAUUACUCUAACUCAUUGGCGGAGCGACUGGUCCGGCAAGGUGUGCGAUCGAAUCAAGCCAUCGGCCUAGUUCUCGACAAGUCUUCAUGGGCCAUUGUCGCCAUUCUUGGUGUCUUGAAAGCCGGGGGUUACCUUGUGCCCUUCGAUCCCAGCACUAACAGCAGCUCAUUACCUGGCCUGCUACAUCACGCCAAAACAUCCACAGUUCUGGUUUCGCCAGCCUAUGCCUCAUCUUUCUCCGACGUCUCUGGCUGCCGAUGCAUUGUUGUCGCCGCAGAUACUUUGCCGGUACCCACUACGGCUUUCCUCAAGCCGGCUUAUCGCUCUCCCGUACCUUCGAUAGCAUCAGACUAUGCUUUUUCAUUGCUACCUCUCUCUGCAGACCCCGGGUCAGCUCCAAGUUUCGUCACUCAUGGAGAACUACGCGCUGCAUUACUCCAGGUGGGGAAACAGAUGACCAUGAACACAAAAACUCGGUCACUGCUGUACAAUGAAUCAUGGUCUACUACCAUGCUAGUCGAUAUCCUCGCUCCGCUUGCACACGGGGGCACAAUCUGCUGUCCGUCGCUAGGUAGCAGCAUCUCUGAUAUUGGUGAAAGCAUCAAAUCCUUCAACGUCAACGCCGUCACAAUUCCUGUGGCUGUAUCUAGGAUACUCAAGCCUAAAGAUAUGCCGGCCUUGCGACAGGUAUGUUUGUACGGCGACAUUCCGACACGUCACGAUGUGGCUCAAUGGAGCCAAUGUGCCAGACUGUUCCUGGCAUGGGGCGUGGCGGAGAUGGGCACCAUUGCAUUUUUGGGAUCCCCUUCGCAAAGCCAACAUGGAGAAUUUGUCGGCACUGCAACUUGGACUUGCGCUUCCGUCGUGAACCCACACAACUUUUCCGAGCGUGUGCCGCCAGGAGCAAUCGGCAUCCUCAAGCUUGGUCAUUCCAAUCUCUCAAGCGCUCGUGCUGGGCAAAUCAAGACCGAGGGGCCACAGCGGUUCAGAGCCAAUGUAGACAGAACGCUGAGUCUAAUCGAGUCAGCAGCUGAACGCAAGCUGACAGUCAAUGGUCAUAGAAUCAAGAUCAGAGACAUUGAAGAGGCAAUUCGACGGCAUCUACCUAGCUUCUCGGACGUAGUGGUGGAUCUGUACGCUCCCCAAGCACUGGGAGAUGACCUCCGACUUGGGGCCGUUGUGACGGCGAGUAGCCCAGCACCAUGGACAAGCGAGCAGGGAGCAGCAGCCAAUCUAGCUGGCCAACUAUCCACGACUCUCCAGCCCAAACUCGACACAUCGUUGCCGCCCACGAGCAUCCCAUCCUUUUUCACAACGCUCCUCGCAUUCCCACUGACAACAGCCGGCCAGCUCGAUCGAAGCCGCCUUCAAGAGCUCGUGCGAAACGCACCCGCCGACUCGCUAGCCAUCUAUCCCGAGACACAAGACGACGACGCUUCACUCUCGUCGAGCGAACGCCUGCUGGCCUCUCUCUGGAUCAAGACGCUGGACCUCGACCCAGCAACGAAGCUGAGCAAGCACGACCAAUUCUUCGACGAUUGGAGCGGCAACUCGCUGCUGGCGCUGCGGCUCGGCGCCGAGCUGAAGCGUCAUAAUUGGUUGCUCCGCGUGCCGACCAUGUUCGACCAUCCCACGCUCGGAGCCAUGGCUGCCGCCAUGCAGCCGGACGGCUCAUCAUCGCAGUAGCCGCCGUGAACACUGGUUUCUGCGACGGCAGUUUGUUUCUUUAGAGUUUGAUGUGAUUAUAAGAAAUAUUUUGUCAAAAUUUGGGCUUUUUGUCAGGCUUGGGGAGAAAGCCAAAGGAAGACAGGGCACGUGAUUGGAGCAAUGAAGUUCAAGGGACAGAUAACGACGGAAGCUUUGAAGCUCAUUU